UGCCACCUGUCAGUGCUAAUCAGUGCCACAUGCCAGUGCCCAUCAGUGCCACAUCAAUGCCACCUAUCAGUGCCAGUCUGUGCCACCUAUCAAUGCCAAUCAGUGCCACCUAUCAGUGCUGCCAAUCAGUGCCAGUCAGUUCCGCCUAACAGUGCCAGUCAGUGCCGCCUAACAGUGCCAUGUAUCAGUGCUGCCUUUCAGUGCCCAUCAGUGAUGCCUGUCAAUGCCCAUCAGUGCAACCUACCAGUGCCUCCUCAUCAGUGCCACCUAUCAGUGUCCAUCACUGCAGCCUCAAUAACGCACAUCAGUGAA